AUGUAUUUUCUCCUUAGAGUGCAAAAUACACAACUGUCUAGCUUAAAACAAAUAUCAAGAGAUCCAUUUGAGUAUAUAAUAAAUCCUUCUUCUAAUGAAGCACCGAAGAAGCAACUUUCUGUACAUACAACACGAAGAAUGAAUGUUUUGAAUAAAGUAUUUAUGGAACAUAUUACAGAUAUGAUGUCAACUGGGGAAAUAGACCCUGAGAUUCUAAAUAGAAAUAUAGAAAUUUCUCAUGUAAAGGUUACACCAGAUUUUAAAACAAUCAAUAUAUAUUGGAUAAAUAAUAGUCCUGAAAAAUCUGGUACAGACGAACUAUUAAAAGAAUGUACCUUUAAAUUAAGGCAUGUGUUGUCUCAACUUCGAGUCAUAGGCAAUGUACCACCUAUACAAUUUGUAAAGUGUAAAGGUAUUGGUGCAUUGAAAGAAGUAGAGCAGAAAUUGAAAACUCUAGACCUUGGGGAAGACUAUGUACCCAGUCCAUAUCCAAAUGUCUUGCAUCAUACUGUUUGUGCAUCCAGAAUAGAUCAUACUGAAGAAGUACAAAACGAGAGAAGUCUAAAUGACUCAAAGGACAUCUUCACUGUAACUUUACCAAUAAUGAGACAUGAUGUGUUUGGAAUAGACCAUUACCGAAUUAUGACAAAGAUUAAAGCUUCAUUAAAGAAAUCACAGAAAGCUCACAAAAGACAGACAAUAAAUAUACAAUCAAAUUCAAUUUCUCCUUCUGAACAAAAUGUAGAAAAUGUUCCAAACUAUUUAACUGAUAAGGAACAGCAAGUACUUUUUGCCAAAUUCUUAAGUCAAAAACGAAAGGAACGAAAACAUAAAAUGGAAUAUUUUAGAACAGACAAUUUUGUUGAUGAUUAUGAAAAGCAGGAUGAUGGUGAUGAUUACGAUGAUGAUGAUGAUGUUGAAAUUAAUGAUGAUGAAGAUUUUGAUGAAUACAUUGAUAAAGAGUUUAAAAGAUUACAUUAA